CGUACACAAAGCAUUCCAAUUCCUCUCUCUCUUUAGAAGGAUUUUGCUGUUCUAAGAAUCAUAUUCUUCUCUCAGUUGAAGAAACCCUAAUCUUAUAUGCAGAUAGUCUUGAUCUUGUUCUUUAGUAAAAACUGAGUUUAGUGCAAUGUCUUCCCAAGGUUCUCGUUCAUCACUGCCACCGCCACCGCCGCUCCCAUCAACUGAUAGAUCCAUUGUUAAACAUAGAGUAGAUCAAAUAAUCAGAAGGAGGGGAGUUGGUACUUCUGGACGUAGAAUUUCUUUACUUGCUAACCACUUUAAGGUUUCAGUAAAUCGAGUUGAUGAAGUAUUCUACCAGUAUCAUGUUACAAUUAGUUCUGAAGAUAAGAAGAUGGUUGAGAAUAAGGAGAUCAAUAGAAAGAUUAUUGAUCAACUAUAUAAAACAUAUAGUUCUGAACUUGCUGGAAAGAGGUUGGCUUAUGAUGGAGAGAAGUGUUUAUACACAGUUGGACCUCUUCCAUGUAACAAACUAGAGUUCUCAGUUGUGCUUGAGGAGUCCUUCGUUAAUCGUGGAACCAUGUCUGAUCAUGGAAGUCCCAUUGGAUCGUCUAGCAAAAGAACAAAACAAUCUUUCCGAUCUAAAACUUUCACAGUGGGAUUGAGUUAUGCUGCUAAUGUACCAUUAAGGUCCAUGUCUCAUGAUGCACUUAGAGUUCUUGACAUUAUUCUGAGACAACAAUCUGCAAACAGGGGAUGUCUUCUCGUAAGACAGUCGUUCUUUCAGGAUGAUUUCAGAAAUUUUGCUGAUAUCGGAGGAGGAAUAGUUGGUUGUAGAGGAUUAUAUUCAAGCUUUAUCUCAACUCAAGGCGGUUUAACCCUUAACAUGGAUGUAUCCACAACUGUGAUUAUAACUCCUGGACCUGUAAUUGACUUUUUGUUGAAGAACCAAUCUGUACGAGAUGCUCACCAAAUUAACUGGGAAAAAGCUAAGAAGGUGCUAAAGUUUAUGAAAGUUAAGGCACUUCACAACAAUAUAAGAUAUAAGAUCCAAGGCUUCAGUGAAAAGCCUUGUAAUCAACUAUAUUUCCCAUUGAAAUUGGGUGAAGAUGAUGAGCCUAUAAAUAUUUCAGUGUAUGAUUAUUAUACUAAGCACCGUAAGGUUCCGUUAACUUACUCAGCCUAUCUGCCAUGUCUUGAUGUUGGAAAGUCAAAUCGCCCGACCUAUCUUCCUUUAGAGUUGUGCUCACUGGAUGCUCUUCAACGCUACAAAAAGGCCCUAACUCCGACGCAACGGGCAUCUUUAGUUGAAAAGUCUAGACAAAAGCCUCAAGAACGCAUUCGAGUUAUAACUAAUGCUAUCAAAGAUAAUCGAUAUGAAGAGGAUCCUCUAAUGGAAGCUUGUGGUGUUUCUAUUGAUAAACGUCUUACUCAACUUGAUGGUCGUGUCCUUGAGGCUCCUAUGUUGAUAAUUGGCCAAAAUGAAGAAUGUAUACCUUGUAAUGGAAGGUGGAACUUUAACAAAAGGCAUUUACACAAUCCUGUAAAUAUAGAAAAAUGGGCAGUAGUCUGUUUUUCAGCCCGAAGUGACUUGACUACCGUUUCUCGGGAGCUUAUAAACUGUGCGAAGUUUAAAGGAAUGAAUAUUGAAUGGCCAAUUGCUCUUAUUUAUGAGGAUGAAGCAAGCAAAAGGCUUAACCCUUUUAUUCGUGUUGAAAAGAUGUUUGACCUGAUCAUGGCCAAAACUCCAAGUGAUAUUCAAUUUAUUCUCUGCGUAAUUCCAGAUCGAAAAACUUCUGAACUUUAUGGUCCAUGGAAAAGAAAAUGUUUGUGCGCAUUUGGAAUUCCAAACCAAUGUAUUGCUCCUGUCAAGAUGAAUGAUCAAUAUUUAUCAAAUGUCCUCCUCAAAAUUAAUACCAAGGUUGGAGGCAUUAAUUCAUUGUUGUCCAUUGAGCAAACAAGUAGAAUAUCUUUCAUACAUGAUAUUCCAACAAUGAUUUUGGGGAUGGAUGUAUCACAUGGUUCUCCUGGUUCUGACAUUCCAUCCAUAGCAGCUGUCGUCGGCUCUCUCCAUUUUCCUCUAAUAUCAAGAUAUCGAGCAGCAAUGCGAACUCAACCUUCAAAGGCUGAAAUGAUUGAAUGUUUGUACAAGCCUUUAGAAAAUGGGGGUGAUGGUGGAAUGAUGAGGGAACUACUUUUAGACUUCUAUAAGACGAGCAAAAAUCGAAAGCCGGCUCAAAUUAUUGUUUUUAGAGAUGGAGUCGGUGAAUCUCAAUUCAGUACCGUACUAAAGAUGGAGUUGGAUCAAAUGAAAAAGGCUUACCAGGCCCUUGGUGAUGGUGAUCUACCAAAGUUCACCUUCAUUGUAGCUCAAAAGAAUCACCACACAAAGUUAUUUCUAGCCAAUAAUGCUGAAAAAAACGUUCCGCCAGGCACUGUCGUUGACACUGGAAUUGUUCAUCCACAUAAUUAUGACUUCUUCAUGUGUUCUCAUGUUGGGAUAAUUGGAACUUCUCGACCCGUACAUUAUCAUGUCUUGCUUGAUAACAUUGGUUUUGAACCUGACAAACUUCAACAGCUAAUCCAUGCACUCUCAUAUACGAACCAGAGAAGCACAACAGCAACAUCAAUUGUGGCUCCAAUCUUCUAUGCACACUUAGCAGCCGCCCAAAUGAGUCAAUUCGUGAAGUUUGAAGAUGGUUCUGGUAACGUGACUAAGGAUGAAACCAUUGAUAUUCAACAACUGCCGAAGUUACAUGACAAAAUUGUGAAGUCUAUGUUCUUUUGUUGAAAGGUGAUUUUUAAUUUUAUAAACCUUUUUUUGGCUAUAUGUAAAUGGUGCUAAUCUCAAAAGAAA